AUGGGGAAGGAGCAGGAGCUGCUGGAGGCGGCCCGCACCGGGCACCUCCCGGCCGUGGAGAAGCUGCUGUCCGGGAAGCGGCUCUCUUCAGGCUUCGGGGGCGGCGGCGGCGGCGGCGGCGGCUCCGGGGGCGGCGGCGGCGGCGGCGGCGGCAGUGGCGGCCUCGGCUCUUCCAGUCACCCCCUCUCCAGUCUGCUCAGCAUGUGGAGAGGGCCAAAUGUGAACUGUGUGGACAGCACCGGCUACACACCACUGCACCAUGCUGCUUUGAAUGGGCAUAAGGAUGUAGUUGAAGUCCUUCUGAGGAACGACGCAUUGACCAAUGUGGCUGACUCUAAAGGCUGUUAUCCCCUGCACCUGGCAGCCUGGAAAGGAGAUGCCCAGAUAGUGCGGCUGCUCAUCCAUCAAGGGCCCUCGCACACGAGAGUUAAUGAGCAGAAUGCUCUUGAGAUCAAAGAACUCAAAAAGUACGGCCCCUUUGACCCUUAUAUCAAUGCCAAGAACAACGACAAUGAGACAGCCCUGCAUUGUGCAGCACAGUAUGGCCACACGGAGGUGGUGAAGGUGCUCUUGGAAGAGCUCACAGAUCCCACCAUGCGCAACAACAAAUUCGAGACACCUCUUGACCUGGCAGCGCUCUACGGGCGAUUGGAGGUGGUGAAGAUGCUCCUCAACGCACACCCCAACCUCUUGAGCUGCAACACUAAGAAGCACACCCCUCUGCACCUGGCAGCAAGGAAUGGCCACAAGGCCGUGGUCCAGGUCCUCCUGGAUGCUGGCAUGGAUAGCAACUACCAGACGGAGAUGGGCAGUGCUUUGCAUGAGGCUGCUUUGUUUGGCAAGACCGAUGUGGUGCAAAUCCUGCUGGCUGCAGGAAUUGAUGUCAACAUAAAAGACAACCAUGGACUGACUGCCCUUGACACUGUCCGGGAACUGCCUUCUCAAAAGAGCCAGCAGAUAGCAGCACUUAUUGAAGAUCACAUGACUGGAAAAAGAAAUGCAAAAGGAGUAGAUAAAACCUCCACACUCCAGCCACCUCUCCUCUCCGGCAUUGACUCCAUAGCACAGAAGUCUCAGGGUGAUGUGGAGAAAGCUGUAACUGAACUGAUCAUCGAUUUUGACACGAAUGCCGAAGAAGAGGGUCCUUAUGAGGCACUGUACAAUGCUGUCUCCUGCCAUUCCUUAGACAGUAUGGCCAGCGGGCGAUCAUCUGACAGAGACUCCAUGAACAAGGAGACCGAGGCCACAGGAGCAAGAACUGCUGGAGUGAGGCCUAGAGAACGUCCACCACCUCCAGCAAAGCCACCACCCGAUGAAGAGGAGGAAGACCGCAUAAAUAAGAAGUAUUUUUCCUUGACAGCUUCUGAGGUCCUGGCCGUGAGACCCAGGAUUCAGGAGAGUGCAGCCAGGGAAGAGGACGAGCACCCUUAUGAAUUGCUGUUAACAGCAGAGACAAAGAAGCCAACAUCCGUGGAUGGAAGAGCAAAAGACCACAGGCGGAGCAGCAGCAGCCGGAGCCAGGACUCUGCGGAGGGGCAGGACGGGCAGGUCCCAGAGCAGUUCUCAGGUCUCCUCCACGGCUCCUCCCCGGUGUGUGAGGUGGGGCAGGACCCUUUCCAGUUGCUCUCUGCCACUGGCCAGAACCAUCUAGACAGGCACCCCCAGCAGGGUGCCUGCCACGAGGCUAGCAUGCAGCUGGAAGAGAUGGGUGUGCACACUCCUGGAGCCCCCCAGCCUGGCGUCCUGGACCAGAGCAACAAAGUGGGCUACCCAACAGGCCUGCCUAGCAGCAACAGCCGAGUACACCCUGAGACUUUGACUCACAUAGCACCUCUGCACCCUGGUGGUGCUGAGGAAGAAGGAGACCGGAGCGGGGCCAGAAGCAGAGCCCCUCCCACCAGCAAACCCAAAGCUGAGCUCAAACUCAGCCGCAGUUUGUCCAAGUCUGACUCUGAUCUCCUGACCUGCUCACCCACGGAGGACACUACAAUGGGGAGCCGGAGCGAGUCUUUAUCCAACUGUAGCAUUGGGAAGAAGAGGCUGGAGAAGUCACCUUCCUUUGCCUCGGAGUGGGAUGAGAUUGAGAAAAUCAUGAGUUCGAUUGGAGAAGGGAUUGACUUUUCUCAGGAACAGCAGAAGAUCUCAGGUUCGCGGACGCUGGAGCAGAGCGUUGGGGAGUGGCUGGAGUCGAUUGGGCUGCAGCAAUAUGAGAGCAAGCUGCUUCUGAAUGGCUUUGAUGAUGUUCACUUCCUGGGGUCUAAUGUGAUGGAAGAUCAGGAUCUGCGGGAGAUUGGCAUCAGUGACGCGCAGCACCGACGGAAGCUGCUGCAGGCUGCCCGCUCCUUACCUAAGGUGAAGGCCCUGGGCUAUGAUGGGAACAGUCUCCCAUCAGUGCCCUCCUGGCUGGACUCCCUGGGGCUGCAAGACUAUGUCCACUCCUUCCUAUCGAGUGGCUACAGCUCCAUAGACACUGUGAAGAACCUCUGGGAGCUGGAGCUUGUCAACGUACUGAAGGUCCACCUUCUGGGCCACCGCAAGCGCAUCAUCGCCUCCCUCGCAGACAGGCCCUACGAGGAGCCACCCCAGAAGCCCCCGAGGUUCUCCCAGCUAAGAUGCCAAGACUUGAUCUCCCAGACGUCGUCCCCACUGAGCCAGAAUGAUUCCUGCACCGGACGGUCAGCAGACCUGCUGCUGCCUUCAGGGGACACAGGCAGGAGGCGGCACGACAGUCUGCAUGACCCUGUGGUACCCUCUCGAGCAGAACGCUGCAGAGUCCAGGAGGAACCCUGUGAGGCCAAGCUGACUCUGCGACCACCUAGCCUGGCAGCCCCCUAUGCUCCUGUGCAAAGCUGGCAACACCAACCAGAGAAACUCAUCUUUGAGUCCUGUGGUUAUGAAGCUAAUUAUCUAGGAUCCAUGCUGAUCAAAGAUCUGCGAGGGACAGAAUCCACGCAAGAUGCCUGUGCCAAAAUGCGGAAAUCCACUGAACACAUGAAGAAGAUCCCCACUAUCAUCUUGUCCAUCACAUACAAAGGUGUCAAGUUCAUCGAUGCUUCCAACAAGAACGUCAUCGCAGAGCAUGAGAUCCGGAAUAUUUCCUGUGCAGCCCAGGACCCGGAGGACCUGUGCACCUUUGCCUACAUUACCAAGGACCUGCAGACCAGCCACCACUACUGCCACGUUUUCAGCACAGUGGAUGUGAACCUCACCUACGAGAUCAUCCUGACGCUGGGGCAGGCAUUUGAGGUGGCCUAUCAGCUGGCCCUGCAGGCCCAGAAGUCCAGGCCAGUGGGGGCCUCUGCAGUCGAGAUGAUUGAAACGAAAUCUUCUAAACCGGUGCCUAAGCCUCGGGUUGGCAUGAGGAAGUCUGCAGUGCCGCUGCCCCCUGAUAGUCGCUGUUGUUACUGUCACACCUGUACCACCCACCGUCCUUCCUACCUACCGCUGCCGUCUGCUAGUCCUGGGGUCAAGCUGGAACCACCCGAUACAGACCAAGAGGCCCCAAGCCAUGCCAGUGUCUCCUGGAUUGUAGAGCCAAAGCCAGACUCUAAGCGGAGCCUCAGCACCAAGUAUGAGACCACUAUCUUCUAAACAGCCCACCCUGUCUCCACUAGUCUCACUGUGCCUUUGCCACCCGAUCUUUCUGCUGUCUCAGCUGUCCUUCCAGCAGUCGCCGCCAUGGCCCCCACCUCCACUGGGACCUGCCCUCCUCCCGGCAGCUACUCUAAACACUGCACUCACAGCUCCUGUACCUAAUACCACCCAACACUGUGAAUUCACCCCUUGGGCUGGAGACGGCUGAGGGGGACCGUUGAGGUGGGCACCAAUGGGGCUCUGCAGCAGGCCCUGUGAGCCUGAGAGGUGGUAGCAGCCAUCCACACGGCCCCACUGGCAACCUCUGAGAUGGCUCUUGCUCUCUUCUGUUUUCUAUCCUGACCACAGCUGGGUGCCACAAGCUCACUAUCUUCACCUUUCCUGACACAACCAACCACUGUGACUACCCAGUGCCAGAGUCCUGUGCACUCUCUGCUCACAGCUGGCUGCAGCCUGCCAUCCCCACAGCUGCUCUAAGGUGCUGGCUCUCUCUCCUGGUCAGGCCCCUGUGAGACCCUGAGUUUGGUGAUGUGGCUUGACCUAAGACCAGCUGCUUUCUGGGAGGGCCCUAGGUACCAGCUAGGUACCAACGUGGGGCUGUGAGCCUCUGAACACCUCUGGGCAACUCCAUACAGGAGUGUGGGUGGUGGGGCUGUAUGUGAGUGGCCCCCGUGUUUGCAUCAUAGAGGGCCUUCAGACCCUGGGCUUGGCUUUGGAGUCCAGCUCACCACGGAAGACAUCCUUCCUAUAGGGCCAAGCAUGAGGGAGUCUGUGCCCUGCACCCCUUCUUCUCUCAGAAUGGAGCUACCUGAGCACAGGGGCCUGGACCGAGCACCUUGCAUUGUCUGUGGGAGCUGGUACUUCUCUGUGAUGCGGGGACCCAAGAUAGUCAGCCAUGAUCCAGCCUUCCCCUAAGCACCCUCCUUUGGCUCUCAAUCCUCCAAGAGGAGGGCCCAGUCUCACCUUACAGCAGUUCAGCAGCUGCCAAUGUGGAGCUGAGUGUUGGAAGAAGCCCAUAUUCCCCACUGUGAGCAGAUCGAUGUAGAUGGUAGGAGACAGGAAAGCAGCAGUUCCAGUAGGAAGUGGUACAAAUGUAGCACAGUCCAGUGGAAAAGCCACUAAGUUAGAGUCAACACCCAAGUCGAAAAACCAAAGUGGGGCCUUCUGCCACCUUCCUGUCCUUGUGCCUUCCUGAGCAGAUGACUGGGCCAGCGGUGGGCUGUGGGCCAUGGAGGGCACUCAGCGGGGGGGCUGUGAGGGAUCUACUCUGCUUCUGUGUCCUUCCCAUUUCCUCCACCUGUACAGGCCCUUGGUUAACCCUUUCCUCCCCCCCCCAACCCGUUGUUUGCUUCUACCAAGCUGAGCCACUGAGGAACCACACUGUGCUGCGGAAACAGACGUGGGGCACACAGGCUCCUGCCUCCCACCACCGCCUCGCCUGCAGCUCUGAAGACCCAGGCCCAGCCCCUGUCUAUAGGACCUGCUCCCAGCUGCUUGGCCUGGGCCUGCCACCACCCAGUCUGCUCUACAGAGAAGACUCCAGGCCUCUAGCUGAUGAGACCAGAACUGUAGAGGGCCCAGGAGUGACUUGUUCAGUGACAUGUUUUUAACAGAAAAUCUUUUUAUAAAACGAAUUUUAACACUUGGCUCAACUUCUGGUUAAAACUGCCAAUCUUUAGCUAAAUGGCCAUGGGGUCAGAGACAGAGGAACUGAGAUUUGCCAGUCUGCCCUCGGGCUGGGGUUUCAGCACAGCCAGGGUGUAAGGAGAAGGCAGAGUUAAGGAAAUUUUUUGUUCUGCUUUUCAUACCCAAUUUCUUGUCCUUGUCUAGAGCUGGACUUGGGCUUUUUAGUAAGAACACUGCCUUAGGUUCCAAGUGGGAAGGUGCAGUGGCCAAAAGGAAGUGAGCCAAUCGUUUCUGGUGCCAGGAAGUUGCAGGGAGCUCCCCAGUGUCUCAGGGCACUGUCCAAGGCUGGCUGCCCCAUGCUGCCUAGUGACAUUCUGUACAGCUGAGCUAGGAGAAUAGGCAACUUUGUUUUGGACAUUGAUGGGUAGGGCAGCUAAGAUUGCUACUUGCCAGUGUGUGACUUGUCUUCUUGAGGCCUGUGUGGUUAGGACUUGGUUUGACUGAUGUAUUCUCCACUGCUGCACAUUCUUCUGGUCCAGGUGUGGAAAAGGCUGGAUCAGAUGACAGUCUGCUUGAUUUCCCCCAGUAUGGCCUUGGGGGCAGGCUGGUGUCCUGGACAGCACUGCUGCUCAAACCUUUCUGCUAGCUUGUUAGGCUUUUCAUAGUGGCUCAGGUGGUGGUCUUCCUCCUGGACUCCGUGAGAGCAGAGAGGCAAAAGCCAGGCCACCUGCUGUCCAGGCCCUUCUAGGGUGGGGAGCAGAGAGGAGCUCUGCCCCUAGAUCCAUUACAAGCCUCAGUUCAGCUCAGGAUGGGUACUCCAGGCUUCCCAGAAAGUUGUAAGUUGUAACUCUGUGCCAGUGUGCACAGACAGGGGAGAGCCUCAGGCACCUUCAGCACCGCUGUGGUCAACCAGAAGUAGCAAGCAAGCCCGUGUCUUCUGCUAGGCCUCACGGGCUUCCUGUGUGCUGAAGCGCACAGCCCAGCAGGUGCUGGGUUGCAUCCUUGUGCAGGAGAGGCCAGCUGUCCUCCAUUGCUAGGUACUAAACAAAGACCUGGAGGUUAUACAUCAUUUCCCACCAUCCCUCUCUCUGUUCUUGGAAGGAUCCCCAUCAGCUCCCACUGGGCAGGGAGGCCCACAGCACUUGGGUCAGUCUUGCCACACCUGUUUCUGGGCACCCUUCAUCCUCCAAGGAGCCAAGUACAGUUGAGGCUCUACUGGUGGGUGCCAGGCCUGAUGGGAAAACUGUAGACACUACGAUGAGUUCAAGCUGUACUGUUUUUUAAGUCACAUUAGGCAUUUCUUCCCCUUGAAGCUGCUAUAUCUUAUUUAUUCAGGGUGUUUUCAUAUUGGAAAGCCUUGGCUAGUCUGCUCUGGGUCUUGUUUUGAGAUUGGUUGAUUUCUGGAUAUUCGAGAAGAAAGGAAGGCAGAUCUCUUUUGCGCUUUCUCUUCCUCCUCCUCGGGGCAAACAAAAACUCUCCCUUUCCUAGAAAGGAAUACUGUAACUUUCAAGACAGGCAUCAAGCGGAAUGGCCCCUGCUUUGGCAGUUCCUUGAGCAAGUCACACAGUGUGGCAAACCUGGUUGCUGUACCUGAACUGUGAGACAGCCUGUUCGAUGGGAGCUGUAAGAUGCUGUGUACAGUACCUGUGCUGGCCGCAGGCUCCCUGCUUGCCUCUCCUCUCCACUGCCGAUGCUCUGGGCAGUAGGUCUCCCUCCUGCCAGGCUCUGCCAUCUGUAACGCUGCGCUUCCUACUCGGGCCUCUAGCGCCCCAUACUGGGGAGUUCCUUCAGAAGCCUUGGGUUUGGGCAGGCAUCACACACAGGUGCGGUCAAGACAUUAGCAACUCACUAGUCUCAACUCGGUCCUUUUUGAGAUGCCCAGCCCUGCACAACGCAGUUCACAACUAAUGGCGUGGCAGUGGGACUGAAUUGUAAUAAAAAUGUUAUUUAAUCAUUGUCUCUGUAUUUUGAUACUUGAAUGACUUCCCCUUUUGUUUUACUGUACAUAUAAUUUGUUGAUCUGAUUUUGUCUGAAUUAUGAACAUCUUGUGGUACCAAACAUAACCAACCUGUGCAACAUAGACUGACCUCACUACACAAGAGUGUAAAUAUUCCUGGGCUUCCAGCUUUGGGUUUGUUACUUUCUUAACUGUACAAUUUAGAACAGAUGGAAUUAAUAAAUAAGAAACAUAAAACUGGCCUUAUUUUUUGAGUCUCUGAAUUGAGAAGUUCCUUGGUCAUUCUCUGGUGGAAGUGGGCACGCAGGCUGGAUGCCACUAUGGGGUGGAAUGAGUGUCCUGCAGAGUUUGGUUCCCAUGACAGUUUGGGAAUUCUCCAUCAGAUAGCUGCCACGGUGGCCUGUUAGUCAACCCUGUUUGGUGCGGGGCCCUGCUUCUCACCUUCCCACCCUGCUAGGCACACUACCAUCUGAGCCAUGCCUCCAGCCUAAAGGGUAGAUUUGGAAAGGUACAAACGAUAAAAGUCCCUUCAU